GCGUUGGGCAAAAUAAAUAUCAACGAAUGAGAAUGCUAAUUACAACGGCAUUCAACCAAAAUGAAAUGAAAUGAAAUGAAAGGAAAGGAAAUCAAACAGUAAAUGAAAUGAAGAUGGAAUGCAGGAGCAGAAUGGGUGGAUUGGUCCUGGAGGGGAGGUGGUCGUGGUCGUGGAGAAGCGUGGAGCAAGUCUUUUUGAUGUGAAAGCUGCAACUUUGGAACACCACUUUCAUUUGGGUUUCUGGAUCUGCCAUUUUUACCCCUCAAUCCACGCUUUUUUGGAGCAAGGUUUGAUUCAGUUUCGGUAGAUUUUGUUUUGGGAAUGCCUUAUCCCUGCCCAGGGGAACAAAACCGUGGCGUUUUGGAUUGCCAUGGUGAUAAAAUGUGAUUUAUUAGGCCUCUACUUUGUAGGUUUUUGAGGUGGGAAUCACAGGGGAUCAACUGGGGACAGAUUAAGUAUUUGAGAAUGAUAGAAGGAGCACAAUAUCGAACAAUGGAAUAUGAGUUUACAGAUUAUCAUAGGUUGGGAGAGGCAUCGGACAUGUCUGUGGAGAGUGUUGGGAGUUUGCAGACGAGUAAUGGAGGGGGUUCUGUGUCCAUGUCCAUUAUAGAUAGCAGUGUGGGUUCAAACAAUUCCAGGACAACAAUAUUGAUGCACCCUGAUUUGAGGACAAGGACCAGAACCCAUCAUGGGCAUAGUGUAGCCCAUGCCAACGUAAUCUCACACACGCUGGGAGAAGAUGCCCUUGCGCAGGCCCUCAUGGAUGACAGGUAUCCCACCGAGGGUCUGGCGGAAUAUGAUGACUGGACUAUUGAUUUGAGAAAGCUCAACAUGGGCCCUGCCUUUGCACAGGGAGCAUUUGGGAAGCUUUACAGGGGCACCUACAAUGGGGAGGAUGUUGCAGUCAAGAUUCUUGAGAGGCCGGAGAAUAAUAUGGAGAAAGCCCAAGUCUUGGAACAGCAAUUCACCCAAGAAGUCAAGAUGCUUGCCACUUUGAAGCAUCAGAAUGUGGUGAGAUUCAUAGGGGCGUGUAGGAAGCCUAUGGUUUGGUGUAUUGUGACAGAAUAUGCCAAGGGUGGCUCUGUACGACAGUUUUUGGCAAGGAGACAGAGCCGAGCUGUACCUCUCAAGCUGGCACUGAAGCAGGCGUUGGAUGUGGCGAGAGGGAUGGAGUAUCUGCAGAGUCUUGGCUUUAUUCACAGGGAUCUAAAGUCUGACAAUCUUCUUAUAGCUACAGAUAAGUCUAUUAAGAUUGCAGAUUUUGGGGUGGCUAGAAUCGAAGUACAGACGGAGGGCAUGACUCCAGAAACUGGAACAUAUCGCUGGAUGGCACCGGAAAUGAUCCAACAUAGAGCGUACAAUUACAAAGUGGAUGUGUACAGUUUUGGAAUUGUUUUAUGGGAGCUCAUAACAGGCAUGCUUCCCUUCCAGAACAUGACAGCAGUCCAAGCAGCAUUCGCAGUAGUCAACAGGGGCGUAAGGCCAACUAUUCCUCCAGACUGCCCCCAAGCUUUGUCAGAUAUCAUGACUCGCUGCUGGGAUGCUAAUCCUGAUGUGAGGCCUUCAUUUAAUGAAGUGGUUAGAAUGCUGGAAGAAGCACAGGGGGAGAUGAUGACAACAGUUCGGAAAGCCAGAUUCCGGUGUUGCAUGACGCUGCCUCUUACAGCUGACUAAGCAUUAGUCCUUUACAUGUUCGUUGUAUAUUGGAACCAAAUAUUUCGUAACAUUAACUACACAUGCUUUUGUAAAAUUCAAUUGAUGAGCACUAGAAGAAACCCCAAAAAAGUAAUGUAUUCUAUUCCUUCUUGUAGGCAUCAAAAACAGGUGUUUUGGGCUUGCUGUUUCUCACUGGCUAGUUUUGAUAGAAGCUUGUUCAUAUGAAUAUCUACAGUGAUCUAAAAUCUGAGUAUUGACCCUCUCAAGGAUUAUUGGAUGUGUGAAGAACAUAUAGGAGCAUAUCCUCUAAUUAGAUUUCCAAGAAAAUUUGGUUGUUUGGUUUGAGGGAGGUGUGUUAAGAAGGCUACAGCUCAACCCCUUGGCUUGAGUUACAUGUUUACAAUCAUGCUGAGUUGUUUAUUUUAUGUUUAUUGGCAAAAAAUUGGUUGGCACACUGCAUACCUCUGGCAUGCCACCCAAGAUCUUGUCAUGACGUUUUACAAUCAGAAAAUUAUCAUCACUAAAAUGCAUCAAGCCUGAUGUAUGCAUUAGAACUACUGCUUUCUGUGAGAAAGGUAUCCUAGUUCAUUUAUUUUAUAAAUUUUUGUUGAAUCUUCU